CCUCUUUAGCCAGUGCCCCGGCUGUCAGCAGAGAAGAAGCAGGUAGCAUGGCUCCUGGAGAAAGGGAAAGGGAGGCGGGGCCAGCCAAGAGUGCCCUCCGGAAGGUCCGUACAGCAACCCUGGUUAUCAAUUUGGCUCGAGGUUGGCAGCAGUGGGCGAAUGAAAACAGUACCAGACAGGCCCAGGAGCCUGCAGGCUGGCUGCCUGGAGCAACUCAGGACCUACCUCACACUUCUAAAGAACCCAGUCCUCACCAGCAUGCCUCCAAACCUGCAAAGCCAGAUGGAGAUGGAGAGGGACAACGCUCAGAAGAAGCCACUGAGGUCUCCCACAUCAAAAGGAAAGAGGUGACCAGAACGGUUGUCAGCAAGGCUUAUGAGAGAGGAGGAGAUGUGAACUACCUGAGCCACAGGUAUGAGAACGAUGGGGGCGUGUCUGAAGCUGUUCAGCCGGACAAUGACAUUGACAGAAUCCUCCUCAGUCACGACUCGCCAACACGGAGAAGAAAAUGCACCAACCUGGUAUCUGAGCUGACCAAAGGCUGGAAAGUGAUGGAACAGGAGGAGCCCAAGUGGAAGAGUGACAGCGUAGACACAGAGGACAGUGGCUACGGAGGGGACAUGGAGGAGAGGCCUGAACAAGAUGCAGCACAGGUGGCUGCUGCCAGGAUCAAACGCCCCUUGCUUUCCCAGGCAAACAGAUACUCAGAGACACUCAACUGUAAGGCCCAUCGGAAAUACAGCCAAGUAGACAGCUUGAAAGGGAGGUGGCAGCAGUGGGCGGAGGAACACAUACAGUCACAGAAGCUCAAUCCCUUCAGUGAAGAAUUUGACUAUGACCUAGCCAUGUCCACUCGGCUCCACAAGGGAGACGAGGGCUAUGGCCGCCCCAAAGAGGGGAGCAAGACAGCUGAAAGGGCCAAGCGAGCCGAGGAGCACAUCUAUCGGGAAAUUAUGGAAUUGUGCUUUGUUAUCCGCACAAUGGCUCGCCACAGACGAGACGGCAAGAUCCAGGUUACUUUCGGAGAACUCUUCGAUAGGUAUGUUCGCAUUUCAGAUAAAGUGGUGGGCAUCCUCAUGCGUGCCAGGAAGCACGGACUGGUGCACUUUGAAGGGGAGAUGCUAUGGCAAGGCCAAGAUGACCAUGUUGUGAUUACUCUCCUCGAGUAAUUCCUCAACAAAUCAACUCACCGUUGUUCUACUAUUAAGUGAUAAUGUAUUACAAGUUCAAAGGCAAACUACUCUGGAAUGCCAUCAGUAUUAAAUGAUUGUCUAUAAACGGCUUUUGGUAUUGUUUCUAUGAAGUUACUACUAUGUGAAGACUUUGACAAAAGACACUCAGAACAUUUUAGAAGCAUUAAGACUACAAUACAUACUCAGCAUUUUGAUAUUUGGAAUUCCACUUAUAUUUUUAAGCAAAAAAUUCUGACCAUUGAUAAAAUUAUUACAAAUUGAAAAUUACACAUUACAAGAAAGAAAACUGACCUUAGAUAAACUAGAACAGCAUCUCAAUGUAAGUAAUAUUUUAAGGAAAAAAUUCCUUUAAGCUGAAUAAAAUUUAAAGUUUGGCUUCAAAAAAAUCCUCACCAUCUCAGAGUGGCCUCCAACUCGUUUAAGGUUAUUAUACAGCUCUUCCUCUGUAGUGCUGAGACAGCAGGUUUACAUGCAAAAAUCAUUCCCACUUUGUUAAAAGUGCAAGGGCUCAGACCCAGGGCCUCAUGCCUGCCAGUACCCUACUUCUGUGGAUAUUCUCCACUAUU